CGUGGGGCGACGAUACGUAAGCACAGUGGCAACACCGGACUCUUCAGUUCGCGCACUCUACCAUGCCGUGGCGCCGGCAGGUCGCGAGCGCGCUGGCCAUGGAGCUCCUGCGGGACAGCAUCCCCGCGGUGUCCCUGGCCGCCGCGGCCGCCGCGCUGUACGCGCGCGCGGCGUCGUCGCUCCUCCGGCCCGGCCUCCCGCGCCUCGCCGCGCUGCUCCCGGUGCUCGCGCUCCUCGCCGCCGCGCCGCUGGCCUUCGCCUCCUCCGCCAUCGUCCGGGGCGUCGCCGCCUUCUUCCUCGCCUGGCUCGGCGCCUUCAAGGUCGCCCUCCUCGCCGCCGGCCGCGGCCCGCUCGACCCCGCCCUCCCCGUGCUCCCGUUCCUCAUCACCGCCCUGCUCCCCGUCAAGCUCCGCCGCGGCGGCUCCGGCGGAGCGUCCGCGUCCGAUGCCAAGGCGGCGCCCUCGCUCGCCUCCUGCGCGGUCAAGGCCGCCGUCAUGGCCGCCCUCGUGGGCCUCUACCGGCUCAACGCCCGGCUGCACAUCUACGCGCGCCUGGCGCUGUACGGCGCCCACACCUACUGCUUCCUGGACCUGCUCCUCCCCUGCGUCGCCGCCGCCGCGGGCGCGCUCGGCAUGGAGACGGAGCCGCAGUUCGACCGGCCCUACCUGGCCUCCUCGCUGCGGGACUUCUGGGGCCGGCGGUGGAACCUCAUGGUGUCGGCCGUCCUCCGGCCGGCGGUGUACGACCCCGUGCGCGCCCGCGCGGGGCCCGCCGCGGGCGUGCUGGCCGCGUUCGCGGCGUCCGGGGCGAUGCACGAGGCCAUGGUGUGCUACCUCAGCCUGCGGUGGCCGCCCGGUGGCGGGAUGGCCGCCUUCUUCGCCCUCCACGGCGCCUGCUGCGUCGCCGAGGGGUGGUGCGCGCGGCGGUGGGGGGACAGGAGGCCGCCGCCGCGGGCCGUGGCGACGGUGGCUGUGGGGCUGUUCGUGGCGGGCACCUCGUUCUGGCUCUUCUUCCCGGCGCUGCUCAAGGACGGCGUCGAGGAGAGGUUCCUGGAGGAGUGGGCGGCCGUGGCGGCCUUCUUCCUCGACGCCGGCGGGAAGAUGAAUUCCAUUGUUGUACGGUGAACGGAGUAGGUAGCAAUGGUAAUUGCUUCCAUGAAAGCAGUCAAAUCAUCCAUCACCAAGUGAACUUCUCUGAUGGUUCAGUGAAAACGAAAAGCGCCGUUGACAGUUGA